GACGAGAAUCAAUAUUAUCCCUACUUCAGCUGAGCACCUCAAUUACCUAUAUGGCAGUAAUUUCUUUGUAUUGGUAUAUUCACAAGAAGACUUAUAAGAAUAUUAUACAUACCUACAUCUCCGCUAUUCUGACGUUGACGCCGCUGAGCCGCUGGUACGAUUUAUGAAAUACAAUGUACAUGUUUUGAAUAAUUACCUACAUAACACUGUCGAAGAACAGCUGCAAUAUCUCGGGUAGGGUAUAUCAAACAUAGGUACCUAACCUAGGUAUAACUAUAUACAGAAAUAGACCUAGUUAUUUAUCUACUAUCCUUAACUAGAUCUAAACAGAAACCCUACCCUCAAAAUGGCAACCGGCACAAGCAACAAGGGACAACUCCCAUUUAUCACGGUCCUGGGCUCUCUCAACAUGGACCUAGUCUCCUACGUCCCACACCACCCCCUUCCCGGCGAGACUCUAACAUCAACCCGCUUUGCCGUGUCCCCCGGCGGCAAAGGCGCCAACCAAGCCGUCGCCUGCGCCAAGCUCUCCCGGUCUUCAUCCCACUCUACUGCCGCCGCCGACGACCCAACGGCCACCGCCCGCGUCCGCAUGCUCGGCGCCGUAGGCCAGGAUACAUACGGCACCCAGCUGCUCUCCAACCUCUCGCGGCACGGCGUCGACGUCUCCGGCGUCGCCGCCUCCCCCGCUCUCAAGUCGGGCCUGGCCAUCAUCAUCGUCGACGAGCCGACGGGCCAGAACCGCAUCGUCUUGAGCCCCGAGGCAAACCACAGCCUCCUCUCGUCGCAGUUCUCGCAGCCCAGCUCUCUCGGGGCCCCGCUCCCGCACCUGCUGAUCAUGCAGCUUGAGAUCCCGCUCCCGACGGUGGUCGCCGCGCUGCGCGCCGCUCGCAAUGCCCACGUGCCCGUCCUGCUGAACCCGGCGCCGGCGCGGGAGUUGCCGUCCGACGCGUACGCGGGGCUCGCGCAUCUCGUCGUCAACGAGACCGAAGCCUCGAUUCUAGGCGGCGUGCCUGAGUCCGACCUCGACACCGAGGCGGGGCUCGAGGCCGUCGGACGGACGUUCCUAUCGCGCGGCGUGCUGAAUGUCGUCGUGACGCUCGGUGGGCGCGGCGUGUUUUACAUAAGCGCCGAUGGCCAGAAGGGUCUCGUACCUGCUGAGAAGGCCAAAGUCGUAGAUACUACUGCGGCAGGGGAUACGUUUGUGGGACAGUAUGCGCUCGAGGUGGUGUCCGGGAGCUUCAGCAUAGCCGACGCGGUGAAGAAGUCGAAUCGCGCGGCUGCGAAGACGGUAGAAAGACUGGGAGCGCAGGACUCAAUACCUUGGCGUGACGAGUUAUGAAAAGAUUAGAAUAUAUAUAUACACUAUGAAGACUUGAGAGGGAUAAAACGAAGUAGAAAGUAGGUAGUCACUUCGAAUUCUAUAGAGCAAGAAGCCUUGUCCAACUAGACUAUCCAAAA